GCAUAUUGCAUCGCGAAAAUCACGAUGCCAUCUGCCCUGCGUCUCUCCCGACUCCCGACCUAGGCGGCGGCUCCCUGGUGGCGCCACCACCACCAGCAGCAGCAGCAGCCGGCGGCGAGCUCCUCCAGCAUCCCCUCCCAAGCUCCAGCAAGACAGUACGGUGGAAAUAGUGUUGGAGUACAGAACUCAAAGAUGAACAAGGGGAAGAUUUUUAAGUUAGCUAAGGGAUUCAGAGGAAGGGCUAAAAACUGCAUUCGAAUAGCUAGGGAGCGGGUGGAAAAAGCAUUGCAAUAUUCGUACAGGGAUCGUCGCAACAAGAAGAGGGACAUGCGGUCUCUCUGGAUCGAGCGCAUCAAUGCUGGUACACGACUCCAUGGGGUGAACUAUGGUAACUUCAUGCAUGGAUUGGUGAAGGAGAAUGUCCAGCUCAACAGAAAAGUGCUUUCGGAGCUGUCAAUGCACGAACCCUACAGCUUCAAGGCUCUCGUCGAUGUGUCCCGCACUGCAUUCCCUGGGAAUAGGCCUGUUAAGAAGGAAGGACUAGCAAGUAUUCUAUAAAAGAGAACCUUCCUCAACAGUUCAACCACCGGCUACAGCACAUCUGAAAGUAACUGCUAAUGUCACCUUUAGCUUGAAGCCUUAUAAAACCUUGCGACGGAUGGGAGUAGCACUGCAUUCUAUGUUAUUCUGCAUGGUAGGCUGUUGAACAGAAGUGUUUAAUUUCACAUACUUCCUGCACCUUUUUUUUGGAUAAUAAUGUGCUUUGUUUACAGUCAAUUAGUCCAGUAGAAUUGGCUAUUGCAUCUUGCGUGCAUAAUAGGCCAAUAUGUUGAGUUUGUUUUUUCAUGCACAUGAAAGAAAAAACAUCUGUUCUUUUAGUGCAGAUCAGUUUUUUUUUCAUACAUUUGAGUUCAUCCAGUCCAAACAUUUCUGGAAGAUCUGUUGAGUAGACCGCAUCGUCUGUCUCCAAAAGUGCAUACACUCCUUGAGAGCGAUAUGUUGUUCUAUUUAUAUAAUGUGGAUGUGCAAAAUUUAUCAUUA